GUUGCCGAUGGCAACACUGCCAACAGUUUUGUUUGAUGUGUUGACGUUUUUCAAGAGUGACAGAUGACUUUGUUUUUGUGAUUUCAGAGCAUCUUUUAAGAAAAAAAAAACUUGCAAGAAUUUGGUAAUUUUCAGCUCAAUCACCAGCAAAAUGUUCUUCGAAAACGAAUCAGACCCUGAAGAGACGCCACCCUGUCGGCUCUGCCUGGAGACGGAAGUGGACGAGCUGAUUUCCCUGUUCGCGCGCUGUUCCUCGCAGCAGAAGCUCGUGUCGGAAAUGAUCAGCGAGCACACGAAGCUGUCCCAGUACGAGAUGGGCGACAUGUCGCAGUACAUCUGCGGCCGCUGCCUGGAACAGCUGGACAAGGCGUGCACGUUUCGGAAGCGCUGCCGUGACACGAACCGGUUCUUCACCGGGCAGCUGCUGCGGAACAGCUUGAAGAACGUGGACGGAUGCUGCCGGCUGUGCGAGGACGACGAACCGGACGAGCUGAUUUCGGUGUUUUGCAUCUGCGAGGGCAAGCUGAUUGCGGAUCUUAUCGGGCAAACGGUGGGCCUGAAGAAGCCGGUGGAAACGGACGGACUUCCGCAGCACAUUUGCGGCCAGUGCUUGGAUCAGCUGAGCUGCGCGGCCCAGCUGCGGGAGAUGAUUUUGGAGAACGAUGCGCGGACGCGAGCUUCGCACGUCAAGGUCGAGGAAGAUUCGAUGAACGCCGAAGAGUUGUUCAACGUGGCCGAGGAGGGAUGGUCCGUGCCGGGUGUGACUCCGAAGGUGCGGGUUCAACGUCCGAAGCCGCAGCCCCCGCCGGAGGAAGAAGUUGAUCCGUUUAUCUAUCUGGACGUUCCGGGUGAGGAAGGGGAAAAAUUGCAAGAGGCCUUUGAAACGGUAGCCGAGGGUGAGUUUUACGAACAACUGUUGUUUGGCGGACUUAUUUGCUGCUGUGGAAAGCUGUUUGGGAGUGAGAAGGAGCUGCAGUCACAUCGUGGACUGAUGCACGCGAAACAGGAAGUCGCGUGGAGUAGCAUCAAGUGUAAUGAUUGCAAGAAGCGAUUCAAGAGCAAGUGGGAUUUGGAUCGCCAUCGGAACGAGCGUGAAAAGAAGCAGUUCUAUCGCUGUAAGAUUUGCAAUGUUCUUACGAAGGAGAUGACGACGCUGCAGAUUCACUUUGAGUUUACUCGCUUCCAUCCGUGGUUGGAGCCGUCCGAGGAGGAACAAACAAAAUUCGACAGCGUGGUGGACACCUUGUACGAGAUUGAUGGCCGAUGCUGCGCUUGUGAGGGUGAGUUCGAGGACGCAGAAGCGUUGCUGGAACAUGUCAAGGAGGCGCACUACGAUGAUCGGGAUGAUGUUCCAAUGUUUCAGUGCACCAUUUGCUACAGUUGCUUCUCGGACCGUAAAAGUCUUCACCAACAUCAGCAAAGCUUCAGCGGUGCGAGAACGUACCAGUGUCGUGCAGAGAAUUGUACGUUUAAGACCGAUCAGCGUGCGGCAAUCCGUAAGCACGUGGAAUCCGGACUGCACUGCGAUCAAGCUGGUUUCCCCGCAAGAUACGUCAUCAAAGAACUUAUUGAGGAAUUCUUCUGCUGCAUGCGCGACUGUAACGAGGUCUUUCCGAGCAGGGAAGAACUGGAACAGCACAGCUCGGUCGCUCAUGAAGAGAAACGCACGGUGAACUAUCACUUCAGCAAAGACGCAGACCCAGACUACGUUUGUGACCUGUGCAAGCGUCUGUUUCCGUCAGCGGAAGCGUACAAACGCCACGCCCGUUCCAUCAUCGACCGCAAAGUCAUGUGCACGGCGUGCAGCCAGAGAUUCUCGACUCGCGAACAGCUGAAUCGUCACGAAAAGUACUACCACCUUCCGGCCGACGAAAAGGAGCCCCAGGUCGUACACCAGUGUCCGCACUGUCCAGCGACACUCCGCACGCCGGUCACUCUGCAGCAGCAUAUCAAGAGUCAACACGAAGGCACCGCCGGCGAGCUGUGCAAAACGUGCGGCAAGAUCUUCAACACGAAAACACUGCUCAAAUCGCACGAAACCAACACGCACAUGAAGAUCAAACCGUACCGCUGUAACCAAUGUCCGAUUAGCUUCGGCUCGAAGUUCCUGCUCCAGCGACACAUGAUUGGCCACACGGACCAGCGGUACCCCUGUAACUACUGCGGCAAAGAGUACCGCUAUCCGAACGACACCAAACGGCACGAACAGGCGGUCCACCUAAACGAGAAAAAAUUUGAGUGCGAGUACUGCGGCAAGUGCUUCAUCCGUGCUCGCGAUCUACGUCUGCACAUUUCUUCGCACACGGGCGUGAAGCUGUUCCAGUGCAUGGUGACGGGCUGUGACUAUUCGACCAACGUCGCCAAGCAGCUGACCGCCCACGUCGAUGAGCAGCACCAAAUGGAGGUGAAGGACGAUUCGGAUUAGUAAUUCAUUUUUUAUUAUUAUUUUGUAAUUAUAUUCUGGGUUAUGAAUAAAUUGUCACAUAAAA